CGGAAGAGAGUGUGAGCUAACAGCAGCAGAGCAGGUCGGCUGCUGUUACAUGACAGCUGGGUGCCAUGAUAGUUAUAAACAGUUACUAGUACAGUAAAAACACUUGGAUACUCUGAGCUUUAGCUAUAUGUUUUACAUAUUGGUUUUUUUAAACGGGUAACUACAUGGCUGCGACAGGACACCAGGACUCCUCCUCAGAACGAGAAGGCCUGUGCUCCUCAGUGACUCACUACGGCUCCACAGACAGCAGCGGGGAGUAUGACCAUCAGAGUAACAGCCAUGGCAACAACCAUAACAACCAUCGGUUUCCCACAGCAACGGCAGGUCAUUGGGUCGGGGCUGAUCAGGAAGAGGAGGCCAUUCGCAGGAAGUUGAAAUACUACUUCAUGAGCCCCUGUGAUAAAUAUCACGCCAAGGGCCGCAAGCCUUAUAAGCUGAUCCUGCAGCUGCUCAAGAUCAUUAUUGUCACAGCUCAGUUGGUGCUGUUUGGCCUCAGUAACCAGGUGGUGGUGACCUUCAAGGAGGAGAACACUAUGACCUUUAAGCACCUCUUCCUCAAAGACUACGAUGAGUCCUCAGAUGGCUCCUUUGCUGUUUACACACAGAACGAUGUCUACGACCACAUCUUCUACGCCGUGGACCAGUAUCUGGCGUUACCUGAGACCACAGUGGGACGCUAUGCAUAUGUCUACGAUGUUGGUGUAAAUGGCAGUGCGCUCUCCCUCUGCCAACAGUACUACAAGAAGGGAAGCAUCGACCCAGCCAAUGACACCUUCAGUAUAGACCCACAUAUAAUCACAGACUGUAUAGGUGUGAACCCGCUGUCAGUCCCUCCAGCUCCGCUCACCAGCAGCUACAAGAACUUUACACUCAAGUUCCACAAGUUAAUUAAUGUGACAAUACAGUUCCAGCUGAAGGCGAUCAAUAUACAGACCAUCAUCAACAAUGAGAUCCCAGACUGCUACACUUUUUCAAUAACGAUAGUCUUGGACAACAAGGCUCACAGCGGCAUGGUGAAGAUCCGGUUAGAAAACCAGGCGUCCAUAAAGGAGUGUAAAGACCCGAGCGUCUCUGGACACGCUGAGAACUACACACGUUUAGCGUUUGAUGUGGCUGUGGCUCUGGUGUGCAUGCUGUCACUACUGCUGUGUGGGCGCUCCAUACUGCGAGGCAUCAUACUGCAACAGGAGUUUGUGCAGUUCUUUAGGGAGACUCUGGACCGUAAAGUGUGCUGGGCGGACCGACUGGAGUUCAUUAACGGCUGGUUUAUCCUCCUUAUCAUCAGCGACAUCCUCACCAUCACUGGCAGUGUCAUCAAAAUCGGCAUCGAGUCUAAGAAUAUGUCCUCGUAUGACUUGUGUGGCAUCCUGUUGGGAACCUCCACCCUCUUGGUGUGGGUUGGAGUAAUCCGCUACCUCACGUUCUUCCAGAAGUACAAUAUCCUGAUCGUGACACUUCAAGCAGCGUUCCCUAAUGUGAUUCGGUUCUGCUGCUGCGUGGCCGUCAUCUAUCUGGGCUACUGCUUCUGUGGCUGGAUCGUCCUGGGACCAUACCACGUCAAGUUCCGUUCUCUGUCUAUGGUGUCAGAGUGCCUGUUCUCCCUCAUUAACGGGGACGACAUGUUCGUGACGUUCUCGGAGAUGCAGGAGAGCAGUACUCUGGUUUGGCUGUUCAGCCAAGUUUACCUGUACACCUUCAUCUCCCUCUUCAUCUACAUGGUGCUGUCGCUGUUUAUCGCUCUCAUCACGGGAGCCUACGAGACCAUAAAGCACCAAACCCAAGAACCCAUCCACAUCACAGACCUGCACGCUUUCAUAGCAGAGUGUACGGACACACCAAACUCUGGGAAGUUCAGGGGUCUGGAGACCUCGCCGUGCUCCUUCUUCUGCUGCUGUGACAGAACGACGACAUAUGAGGACGUCCUGCUGGUGAAUUGAAGUUGACCUCGGUGACCUCAGAACCCUCACUACCCCCUGCUGACCACAGGGAUACGCUGCACUCUCCUGAUGCCCAGUGUCUGCGUACCGACAUACACUGUAUCUGGGUCAGCACUCAUCUGACGGAGGAGUCACUCUGCAGAAGGAAUUAUUUUUAUUAAUUAUUAUUAUUAUUGCAGAAGACAGUAUUCUUAUCGGACCUCUUGUUUUUCCUGUCCUCGAUUCCAUGAAAAAGAAACUGCAGGCUGUUGCACGACUGGACCUUUCCUCUGUAUGAACAGGACUCGGCGGCGUCAUGGACUGCUAAUGCACAUUAGGACAUUUCUCUGUUCCUUGUUGGUUUUUUAAAACAAAACAGUAUUUUUUCCUUAUGUAUUUAAUGAUGCAAAGUGCUCAACCUUAUACAGUAUGCCAAGAUACUGAGUGGGUAUAGGUGCCAUGAUGAGGACUGCAGUAGUGCAUACAUGGUGCCCUUUUUAUUUUUGUGUUUUUCCUUUUAUAGAAUUUCAAAAUAGGUUACCUCUUGAGGGCAGGGCUCUUAAAUUGAGGCAUUUAUUCAUCUCACAAAACAUAUCCAACAACAUAUCAUUUUUCUUACCCAGCUACUCAUUAUUUUGAAAUACCAUAAUGUCCCUUGUUCUUUGCUACAAUAACUACUUGGCAAAAUACACUAAAAUCAUAUAAAUUCACAAUAGGACAUGUAAAUUCAUACAAAAUGAGGGAAAUCCACCUUAUAGUAAUCUGUCUUUUUUUAGACAAUAAGGGAGAUGGCAUCCAGAAAAAUAUUGGAAAACAGGACCACAAACAGACAUUCAGUAUGUAGUUUCAGGUGUGGAAUUGAUUUGUUUACUCUCCCGUGAGCAGUACCUACAGUAUAAAGUUUCAAACAGCUUCUCUAGCUGUGGAUCUGCUGCACAAGCAUCAUGUUGCCUUCAGAUGUGGAUACUAUAGUUAUGUUUUUAUUGCAGCACUCGGUUGCUGUAGUAGAUUGUGUUCUGUAUUGUAUUAUCAAUAUACUUAACUAAUGAAGCACUCAGUAUUAGCUAUAAAAAGGAAAGCUGCUCUCCAGAUCCUAUGCAUGUUUCUUAAUGAUGCCAAAGUAUGUCAAGAAACAAAGAGUUCAUCCACUGUUUAGAAAUUCUAGCCCUCUUUUUUUAUCUCUAUACAACACUGAUGGCUGUCGACAAACCGUAUCUGACUUGUUUUAAGAGAAAAAUGACUUGAAUUGCCUGACGAGGUGGAGCAGGGUAUAGUGCAGAUAACAAGAAGACAACUUAAUGAUUGCAGAAAUAUAUUUGUAGCUCUCUAAUAAUGUCCUGUCAUGCUGAAUCAUAUUGCUUUUUAGUCUGUUUGUUGUCUUCAUAAUGAUGUCUUGUCUAAAACUGUAGCCCAGUGGCUGGAUCAUGAAUUUCUUUUUCUUUGUACUCCAUAAAACGCACAAUAGCUAAAGGAGUCUCACAGUCUGGGCUCCAGAAGGUGUUUUCAGGAAAAUAAUUUCUUUUGUGAAGGAGAGAUGAUCUCUGGUCCAGGCAGUAGCGGGUUAAUGGGGUGUAAGAUGACAGCAUUCCCCCCCCCAGUCAUCUCAUAUUCUCUCUAAUUUGCCAGCAGUAGUAAGCUAAAUAUGCUGAUGGACUUUGGAUCUAGAUGGCAAAUGUGUGCCAAAUUUAUCAUGGUCUUAACUUUUUAAAUGGUAUGACAUGCAUGUAUAUAUUAUUUAGUAUUAUCUCGAUGUACCUUACCUUCAGUUUGAUGGUAUCAUGUCUUUUAUACAAAUGAUCUGCACUUGAACUGUACUCGAAAAAUGCAAACAUUAGAGUCAUUAGUUGUCCUGAAGUCAUCUACUUGUUGUCAUAUAUAUCGCCAAUCUACUGAUUAAAGUUUCCCGGAUCAUCUUCGAUAAUAAAACAUACAUUUUAUUUCA